AUGAAGCUCUCCCCUUGUGGAAGUUGUCUGUUAUUGACUUCCCAUCCCUCGCAUGGUGAAGUACAGUUGCCACAUUGUCCUUUUCGGUCAAAUCCGCAAAGAGGGCUGGCGUGACGACCAUAUGAGAUUCCGGAAGGUUCUGAAGGAGGACGAGCUCUGCCCAACCUGCGAGAAGCGGCUGGAACGGGAGAUGUGCCGCACUCUCCACUGGCUGCAGCCUCGGGUCGACUUCACGACUGAAGUCGUGCACCUCUAUCGCAACAACACGGUCAAACGCGUGAUCGAUGCUGCUUGCAAGCAAGGAAAAGAAUGCAAGCGGAAAAAUGCCGAGCUUUCCGCCCUUCGCAAAAAAGGGCGCUCAGCAUAGGAUGGAACUUCAGGAUACAGACACCGAAUAUGACGAUCUAGAGGAUAGUCCUGCUGAGGAUGACGGUGAGGAUACACUCAGCAGCGCGUAAAGCCCCAACAUGUUACCCGCCCACAUACACACCCCCGGAAGCGA